GGAAUGGGGGUAGAGGGCUGCACGGCUUGCGUUUUGGAAUCCAGGGCUCUGUCGCCACAGUGGCCGCGUCCCCCUCCGCGGGUGGGAGGGACGCCCGCCCUCACGGUUCAGCUCUCCUGCCCUCGCGGGCCGGGUUCCCGUGGGUUCUGGACCUGCGCCCUCGGAAGACCCUGCCUCGGCUGAGAUCCUCCGCCAGCGCCGGCGACCUGUUACUCCCGUUCCCCGCUCCUCCAGGACGUUGUGGGGGAGUGCACAGGACACCUGAGGGCGUGCGGGAGACGGUGGUUUGAGGUCCAAGGAAAGGAGCCGCUGAAGCCAAACGCCCUCGGAGUCCCAGCGUACCGGACGCGCCGGCCGAGUCGGGGUGUUGAGAGUGAGGCAGUGGCAGUUCCACAGGCAGCGGGGACCCCAGGGGAACAGCCUCAGGUCUCAGCUGGAGCUGGAAGAGAGACCCGGAGCUCCGGGGGACCUUGGUUCUUUUUAACUCACUUGCUGGCAGGGAACAGGGACGGGAUCAUGAUACUGCAUCCAGGAGCUGGGGAACACGAAGUGGUGGAGAGUUUGCCCCGGGAGAGAGGCGAGCGUUACCUAAGAUCUGGGGUGGGCAACAGUGUGUGCAGUGUGGAUCAGAGAGGAAGAAACAUCACAAGGUGAGGCAGCGGUCAGGUGAGAAAGGACCAAAAGGCCCCCGCUACCCUGGCGAGGUCCCAAGUGGCUAAUCGGGUUCUUCCUGCAGACCUGGGCCUUCAGAGCUGCUUGCCUCUCCCCCAGCCUUGUCAUUUCAUUAUGCUGCCCUUCCCAUGAUGAGGAAGACCAGCUAAGUUCCAGGUGCGGAGUUUCUGCUCUCCCAAAGGGCCUUCCUUGCCCAGUCCAGAGCUGUGCCAUGUCAGAGACUGGGGAAGAGGAGACCGGAUCAGCUGAAGCAUCAGGGUUCUCAGACUUGAGUGACUCGGAGCUUGUGGAGUUUCUAGAACUGGAAGAUGCCCAAGAGUCAAGUGCUUCACCUGGCAAGCCUGGCCCAUCUUCUGAACUCCCUGGGAAGGAUGGCAAGCCCAGAAGCUUACAGAACUGCGGAAGAGGAUUGGAUAUCUCAUCACCCAUGCAGAGAUUCCACCUUCAAUAUUUGUAUGUCACUGACCUGUCUGCUCAGAACUGGUGUGAGCUGCAAAUGGCACACGGAAAGGAGCUUCCUGACCUUGUGACACCUGAGAAGGCAGCUGUUUUAGAUACUGGGGCCAGCAUCCAUCUAGCUAGAGAAUUAGAACUUCACGAUCUUGUGACCAUCCCUGUCGCCAGUAAAGAAGAUGCCUGGGCAAUUAAGUUUCUGAAUAUGCUAUCAAUGAUUCCUACCCUGCAGUCAGAAGGCCGCAUCAGAGAGUUUCCAGUGUUUGGGGAAGUGGAGGGUGUGCUUCUUGUUGGAGUGAUUGAUGAGCUGCACUAUACAGCCAAGGGGGAACUGGAGCUGGCGGAGCUCAAGACACGCAGGCGCCCUCUGCUCCCUCUAGAAGCUCAGAAAAAGAAAGACUGUUUUCAAGUCAGCCUAUACAAAUAUAUCUUUGAUGCCAUGGUACAAGGGAAAGUGACCCCUGCAAGUCUCAUCCACCACACAAAAUUGUGUCCAGACAAGGCACUGGGGCCUUCAGUGCUGAGCCAUGCCCGGCGGGGAGGCUUCACUGUGAAGUCUUUGGGUGACCUCAUGGAACUGGUGUUCUUAUCUCUCACUAUGUCAGACCUUCCAGUCAUCGAUAUUCUGAAGAUUGAGUAUAUUCACCAAGAGAGUGCCACUCUACUGGGUACAGAAAUUGUAGCCUUUGAAGAGGAAGAGGUGAAAGGCAAGGUGCAGCAUUAUAUGGCCUACUGGAAGGGCCUCCGAGAGCCUCGAGGAGUUGACAUAGAAGAGGCUUGGAAGUGCCGGACGUGCAGCUAUACAGACAUUUGCAAGUGGAGAAAGGGCGGUGGGGUGCUAAGUUCCACACUGGAGCCCCAGCCUAAAAAGUCAAAUAAAUAGAAGGUAUGCUUUCAGAAAUGUUGAUCUUUCUGGAACUCCUAAUAUACCUCAGUAAAAGAGGACCCAUCUCUAAGCUUUGCUUUCAUGGAGAUCAUGUUCUUAUUUUGGUUUUUAUAUUUCUGCAGCCUCUAGCCACAUCCAAGUCCAGGAGCAAUGCUCAGGGAUGAGUGGGAGAGAUACAGGGUUACCCAUGGAGCUUUGCUGUGGGUUACCAGAAGGUGGAUGCUCAUCAUGGCUAGAGCAAAGGUAUCUUCCAGCAAAUGUCAUUUUCCUAAGAAAAGUCUCCAGCUCCUGAUAAGUCUUCCCUAUUUUUCUCACUCAAGAAAAAAAGUUUUUCUUAUUUUCUGUCUACAUUUAUAUAAUAAAAUGAAACACUGUCAGGACAAUUGAA